AUGUCUUUAAAUAAGUUAAUUGGAGGUGAUUGUGGUGGAAACAAUUCUCUUGUUCAAUUGUCUAACAUUGUUGGUCGUGAUGCUUCUCUUUCGCAAUCACUUUCGCAGGCUGACAGGUUUGUCAAUGAAUUUAUAGCCCAGAAUUCUCAAACACCUCAAACAUUUAAUAUGAAUACCCUGCUAAAAAACAUGCCUGACAUUGAAAAUGUUAAGAUACAAACUAGUGCACCCUUACUUAAUGAUAAUAAAAAUACAAUCGUAAGUUCCCAAAAGCAACCCAUCUGGUUACCAGGACCAUCGUCUUCCUUUUUGCCACAAACAAGCAUGAUGCGAGCGUUUUCAGCACCAUAUCCACCUGUUUUGACACAGCAGCCAGCAUUAGCUAAUGUAAAUAUUCAGUAUAUGGAUGAAUCUGAACUUAAGGAUGUUCAGGAUAGUGACGUGCGUGCAAAAGCUCAAGAAUAUAUAAAAACUGUUGAAAGUGAUGAUGAAUAUAAUCAGUUUAUGUCCUUUAUGAAGCGAAUAAGUGCUGGAGAGUUAAAUCUGGGAGAAACAGAGCAAGGAAAUGAAAGGGCAAUGGGUAAAGAUAAGAUGAUUGAUGAAAUGGCUGAAAAAUAUAAAGAUGAAUGGUCUAAAUUAAGUGAUAUUACUGGUGAUUGGAAAUUAUCAACUACUGAUGGAAUUUCAGAAGAGUACUCAUUUACUGAAGGAAAUGUCAUGUUAGAAAACAAAAGUGCUUUUGAACUUGGGAAGGAGAAACUAAAGAUGGGAGAUAUACCAGGUGCUGUACUUUGUUUUGAAGCUGCUGUACAACAACAACCUACUUCAGCUGAGGCCUGGUUUUUCUUGGGUACCACACAGGCUGAGAAUGAGCAGGAUCCAUUAGCUAUCACAGCAUUAAAAAAAUCUCUGAAGAUUGAUCCACGACAACUCGAAGCAUAUAUUACUUUAGCAGCUGCGUACACCAAUGAAGACAUGCCAAAAUUUGCAUUUGUUGCAUUAUAUAAUUGGUUGAAUGCAAGCCCUAAAUAUAGUGAUUUACUUCCUCGAGAUAUAGAUAUUCAAAAAUUAGACUUAAAAGAGCUGGAGAGUCAUGUCAAAUCAUUGUAUUUAAAAGCAGCACAGUUAUACCCAUUACAAAUCGAUCCGGAUGUUCAAAAUGCUCUUGGAGUUAUUUUUAAUAUUAGUCAAGAAUAUGACAAAGCUGUAGACUGUUUUAAAACUGCACUUAUGGUGUCAAAUGAUAAUGCAAAAUUAUGGAAUAGACUUGGUGCAACUUUAGCUAAUAGUAAUAGAUCAGAAGAAGCAGUAAAUGCAUAUCACGAAGCUCUUAAUAUAGAGCCUGGAUUUAUAAGAGCAAGAUAUAAUGUUGGUGUUACUUGUAUGAAUUUAGGAGUGCACAGACAAGCAGCAGAACAUUUUCUUGUUGCACUUAAUCAACAGAACAAAGCUAAAAGCAUGCACCAAGAUGCAUUGGCGUCAAAUAUUGGAUCUUCAACAAUAUGGUCUACUUUGAGAAUGGUUUGUUCUUUCAUGGGAGAACAUGAUGCUGCAAGUUUAGUUGAUGAAAGGAACUUAAGUGAACUCAAUAAACGCUUUGAAAUAGAUGUAUAA